UCGUGCUGGAUGGAGGCGGGUCCCAACCAGAUGUGCACGGCCUAGGGGCCCCGCCCUCUCGCUCUUGCUCCAGGCUGCUUCCCCGCGGAGGAGCGAACGCACCUCGCCAGGCACCCCAGCCUCUCACAGCCGCUGGAGCUAGGACUGCACCGCAAGUUGCAGACAAGCCGAGUCCCCGAGCGGCAGAGGAGAGAGGAGGCGGCGCUCACGGAGACCCACAUCCAGACAACCGCCUUGCCAGGGGGCGCAGAAGGAGGAGGGCGACGCUUGGCGCGAACAUGCCGCCGUCCUGGGGCCUCGCACUCCAGCUGCUGCUCCCCUGGGUGGCAGGUGGAUUAGGGAACGCGGCCAGUCCGAGGGAUCACGGGUUGUUGGCGUUGGCACGCCAGCCUGGGCUCUGUCUCUAUGGAGCGAAAUUGGCCUGCUGCUACGGCUGGAGAAGGAACAUCAAGGGAGUCUGUGAAGCCACCUGCGAUCCUGGGUGCAAGUUCGGCGAGUGUGUGGGCCCGAACAAGUGUAGAUGCUUUCCAGGAUAUACCGGGAAAAGCUGCAGCCAAGAUGUGAACGAGUGUGGAAUCAAACCCCGGCUGUGCCAGCACAGAUGUGUGAACACACACGGCAGCUACAAAUGCUUCUGUCUCAGUGGCCACACACUCAUGCCAGACGCGACUUGUGCCAACUCUCGGACCUGUGCCAGGACCAACUGCCAGUAUGGCUGUGAAGAUACAGAGGAAGGACCUCGAUGUCUGUGUCCAUCCUCAGGACUCCGUCUGGCCUCAAAUGGAAGGAUGUGCCUAGAUAUUGAUGAAUGUGCCUCUGGAAAAGCGGUCUGCCCCUUUAAUCGGAGAUGUGUGAACACAUUUGGAAGCUACUACUGCAAAUGUCACAUUGGCUUUGAACUGAAGUAUAGCGGUGGUCGAUAUGACUGCGUGGAUAUAAACGAAUGUGCUGUGAGUAUCCAUGCGUGCACCCCACAUGCCAACUGCCUCAAUACCCAAGGAUCCUUCAAGUGCAAAUGCAAGCAGGGAUACAAAGGCAGUGGAUUUCAGUGUUCUGUUAUCCCUGAAAAUUCUGUGAGAGAAGUCCUCAGAGCACCUGGGAUCAUCAAAGACAAGAUCAAGAAGUUGCUUGCUCACAAAAACAGCAUGAAAAAGAAGAUAAAAGUGAAAAAUGUCACCCCAGGACCCACUGGGACACGUGCCCCUAAGGCUACCUCAAAGCCCUUCAGCUCUAAAGAGAAUCUUCACAGGGAUGGGAACUCUCCUAGAGACAAAAAUUGGAAUAAAGAAAAAAUCAAAGGGCUUGAGGAAGAGAAAAGAGAAGAGAAAGCCCUGAAGAAUGACGUGGAACAGGAGCGAAGCCUCCGAGGAGAUGUGUUUUCCCCCAAGGUGAAUGAAGCAGGUAAUUUGAGUUUGGAUCUGGCCCAAAGAAAAGUGCUGAAUUCCAAGCUGGAAUACAAAGGUUUAAAUAUCUCAGCUGACUGCAGCUUUGAUCAUGGGGUCUGUGACUGGAAACAAGACAGAGAAGAUGAUUUUGACUGGAAUCCUGCUGAUCGAGAUAAUGCUGUUGGCUAUUAUAUGGCAGUUCCGGCCUUGGCAGGGCACAGGAAGGAUAUUGGUCGAUUGAAACUUCUCCUCCCAAACCUGCAGCCCCAAAGCAACUUCUGCUUGCUCUUUGAUUACCGGCUGGCGGGAGAGAAAGUAGGGAAACUUCGUGUGUUUGUGAAAAACAGUAACAACGUGCUGGCAUGGGAAGAGACCAAGAGUGAGGAUGAAAGGUGGAAGACGGGAAAAAUUCAGUUGUAUCAAGGGAUUGAUGCAACCAAAAGUAUCAUUUUUGAAGCAGAACGUGGCAAAGGCAAAACUGGAGAAAUUGCAGUGGACAGCGUCUUGCUCCUUUCAGACUCCUGUCCCAGUGGCCUUUUAACUGUGGCAGGUUGAACGUUACUGUUGUCUUUUGUAUCACAACAUUUGACUUUUUUUUUCUCAGUUCUCUAUUUUUUGAUGUUAUGUCAUAAGAGUCCCCAUUUUAGAAAUACAACUUGAACAUUGUAAUAUACCAAUAGGAGCAUUGUAAAAUGCCUCUCUUGUACCAGAUGUGCCAAUAUUUGCUUUAAAUAAAGUGCCACUGUGUCUUCUCUA